AAACUUGCCCAAAAGGCAAAAACUAGAAAAGAAAAAAAGAGAGUCUCAUCUUUGAUUCAGACUUGGGAUUACUAUCCUCGCUCUCUCAUUUCGAAGAAUCUCGUGCUAACGUUUGAGCAGGUAUUUUUUCAAAAUGACAUUUUUGAUUGAGUAACAAUAUGUCAUGGAGAUAGAUCUUGAACUGCCAUCGUGCAAACAGGAGAAAUUAGGCAUUGGAUCAAAUGCAUAUAUCGAUGAUGUGGAUGGUGCAGUUGGAGUGCAAGUUGAGGAACAUGAUGUAAAUUCUCGUACACCGAGUGAACACGUUGAGGAAGUCCAUGGGCUGAUUGCUAGUGGAAGUGCUAUCAGUUUUUGUAAUGAGGAUGAUUUUAACUCUGUUGGGAUGACUGCUGUUAAUAAAGGGGCCAAUAAUGAACCCCAUAGUGGAUUAGAAUUUGAGUCAAAGGAGGCUGCAUAUUCUUUCUACAGGGAAUAUGCUAGGUCUGUGGGAUUUGGCAUCACCAUAAAAGCCAGUCGACGCUCAAAAAAAUCAGGAAAGUUUAUUGAUAUAAAAAUUGCAUGUUCAAGGUUUGGAAGCAAGCGUGCCUCUAGUACCACUGUGCAAGCACGGCCAUGUAUAAAGACAGAUUGCAAGGCAGGCAUGCAUAUCAAGAGGAUGGCUGAUGGAAAAUGGAUUGUGCAUAGUUUUAUCAAGGAGCAUAACCAUGAGAUUUGUCACUAUGACUUUUAUAAUUCUGUCAGGGGGCAUAACAAGCAAUCUGAUGUUGUUGCUUGUCAAAAAAAGGGUUUGCAGUUGGCUUUAGAUGAGGGAGAUGUACAAGUGAUGCUUGAUAUUUUCAUGCAUAUGCAGGAUGCCAAUCCCAACUUCUUUUAUGCAAUAGACUUGGACCAUGAAAAGCGUUUGAGAAGUGUGUUCUGGGUUGAUUCAAAGGGUAGGCAUGAUUACAGCAGUUUCUGUGAUGUAGUCUUCUUUGAUACAUUUUAUGUUAGAAACAAAUAUAAAGUUCCUUUUGUUCCUAUUAUUGGAGUUAACCAUCACUUCCAGUACAUUUUGCUGGGAUGCGCAUUGAUUGGUGAGAUGAAUACACCAACUUAUGUUUGGUUAAUGCGGACAUGGCUCAAAGCAGUAGGUAGCCAAGCUCCAACAGUAAUAAUCACUGAUCAUGACAAGUUCUUGAAAGAAGCUGUUGCAGAUGCAUUCCCUGACUCACGCCAUUCCUUUUGUCUAUGGCAUAUAUUGACGAGGAUUCCUGAAAAUUUGGGCACUAUCCUAAAUGAGAAUGAAAAGUUUAUGGAAAAGUUCAAUAAAUGCAUUUACCAGUCUUGGACGGAUGAACAUUUUGAAAAAAGAUGGUGGAAAAUGGUAGAUAAAUUUGAACUGAAGAAGGAUGAAUGGUUCCACUCGUUGUAUGAAGAUCGUAAUAAGUGGGUCCCAACUUACUUGCAAAAUUCAUUUUUAGCGGGACUUUCUACAACCGAAAGAUCUGAAAGCAUAACCUCGUUCUUUGACAGGUACAUAUGUCAGGAGACAACAUUCAAGGAGUUUGUGGAGCAGUAUAAAACAUUUCUGGAAGACAGAUACGAAAUGGAAAUUGAAGCUGAUUUUGAAAAACAUGACAAACAACCCACUUUAAGAUCCCUCUCAACUUUUGAGAAACAAAUGUUGAGAGUUUAUACUGACGCUAUAUUUAAGAAAUUUGAGGCUGAGGUUUUAGGAGUAGUUUCUUGUCGUCUGCAAAAGGAAAGUGAAGAUGAAGGAACUAUGAUAUUUCGAGUGGAUGAUUUUGAAGAACACAGAAAUUUCAUUGUUGCUUGGAAUGAAGCAGAGGUGGAUAUAUGUUGUUUAUGUCGUUCAUUUGAAUACAGGGGCUUUCUAUGUAGACAUGCACUUCUUGUUCUUCAAAGGUCUGGUGUUACCAACAUCCCAUCCAAAUAUAUUUUGAAGCGCUGGACCAAGGAUGCAAAGGUCCGGCAAACUAGUAGUCAAAUAUCUAAUGGGCUUCACUACAGGGUUCAACGUUUCAAUCAUCUGUGUAAACGUGCCACUAGAUUGGUUGAAGAAGGGUCUUUAUCUGAAGAAACAUACCAUAUAGCAUUCCAAGCAUUAGAAGAAGUACUGAAACACUGUGUGGGCGCAAACAACUCUGUCAGGAGUGUUUCAGAGCCCAACACAAUGGCAAUUCAUCGUUUUCUUGAUGUUGAUGAAGAGAAUCAUAACAGCAGCAUGGCCAAGUUAUCUAAAAAAAAGAAAAGCUAUAAAAAAAGAAAGGGACAGUCCAAGCCAGAAGGAAUAACGAUUGGGUUGCAAGAGAGCUGCCAGCAGAUGGAGCAGAUGAACUCAAGACCACACAACCUGGAUAAUUGUUACAUACCUCAACAGGAGGUGCAAGGGGUGGAACUGAGUUCUAGAGCUCCUACACUUGAUGGAUAUUUCGAUGCUCAACAAAGUAUACAUGCUCUGGGACAGUUGAACUCGAGUUCUCCUCUACGUGAUGAUUUUUAUGGCAAUCAACAGUGUAUACAGGGGAUGGGACAGCUGCAUUCGGUAGCGGCACGUCUUGGUCAAUAUGGCACUCAACAGAGCAUGCAAGGACUGUUGCACGGUCAGCUUAGUUACAAAGCACCAGCCAUACAUGGGUGUUUUGACAUUCAGGACAAUCUGCAAGAUAUGGAACAUUCAAUUGGCUCCUCACAGUUUCUCAAUAAUGCACCAAAGCAUCUACAUAAUAAGCAGCUUUCUCGGCAGUUGGAAAGAUAGCAUGCCCAUGCACUAACUAGAUGGGGACAGAUAGAGCACUUGUCUAUUCAUUCGUUCUCAAGUUUAAUAUAUAUAGUUAAUUGUUUUUAUCUGUCUUCCCUGGAUGCUUUUUAGUUGUUAGAAGCUUAAUGUAUAUAUAUUUUUCUUUGAGUAGAAGCUUUAUGUAUGUGUAAGGUAUAUAACGUUUAUGUCUUGUAUUCCAUAAAAUCUUCUAUCCCGAAAAGAAUAUAUUGGACUGUUAAUCCGA